AUGGACUCCAAAAGCCUCUCGGAGCAGGAGAAGGAUAUUCGUGAUCUGUUGCGACGUGCUGAACGCACCCCAGUGAAGACCUCUGCUCUUCGACGAGAUACCCUCAAACGUCUCAUAGACCUCGCCCACUCGACUCACCCUUCUCUCAAGGUCAUCGCCGCCACAAACCUCAAGCUUUUCAUCAAAGACUUUCCUGACCUCGAGGACGACGCAAUCAAUGCCGUGUACGACUUAUGUGAAGAUAUCGUACCGAGUGUUCGUAUCAAGGGUUACGCCGCCAUUGUAGAUGUCUCUAGAGAGCAGCAUAAAUGGGUCAAGAGAAACGCAGACGUGCUCGUACAGCUACUUCAGUCUGACGAGCCCGAGGAAGUGACUGUCGUCAAACGCGCCCUCACCCAACAUCUCGACAUGGAUCCCGUCAUCACCAUUGGAGUGCUCUGUGAUCAAAUUGUUCCUCCAGAUGAACCUCUCGAUGAGGAGGAGCAAGUCAUCCGGGACCGUCUUCGUUCACUUGUCCUCGCCUUCUUGGCCGGAGAAGCCAAACGUCCAUUGAUCGACCGCCAUGCAAAUACUCUUGGGACCCCUGCGGAGGAAGCUCUUGUAUCUGGUCUCUUUAAGGCUAUCAUGAAACUUGCUCCGAACGACGUCGACUUCGUCGUCAAGGAUAUUAUCGCUUCUUUACCUUCCUUCAAGCCCCCAUCUUCCCGGGGAAAGGAACUUCUCGACCUUCUGUUCACUCAGAUCCGCGCCACUCUCAAAUCUGACAUCCCUUCUGAUGCCGAGCGAGGGUCGUUGAGCAAUUCACGUUACUACCUCGAUCUCGCGUCGUUCGUCGCUGUGGCAAAACGGCUGGCGCAUCCUUCGCAUCUGCUGAGCUUCUAUCAUGCUACCUUUGCGCAAAGGAGAACACUGGACCGUCUUCCUGAGCAGGACCGACUAUAUGUGAUUGGCGAAGUGGCGCGUGUCUUGUCGGCCUGUGGAGAGGCAGGUGGGCGUGCGCCGCCAACAGCACCCGCUGCUGACUCCGGGAAGGCUUUGCGUAAUGCGAACGACAGAGCUGAGGACGGUAGCUUCCGUAGUCAGGUAUCGGAUAUCUGCGCCGUGCUGCUACAAGUGAGUCUCUCUCGACUGGACUGA